AAUAUUCUCGCAAAGCUAGUUUUUUGGUUAGCGGCAAUACAGCCGGGGGCGUAUAUACAUUAUACCGCUGCGUCGUUUGAGGCUUGUAUUGAACUGGUUGCUUCAUUAUGCGAGGUGCAUGGCUGGCGUUUAUUGCAGGGUUGCUGAACCUGAGUGCAACUAUUGCCUACCGAGAUGCGUUUUAUUGCAGACCAAGUGACCUAGGCAUAUGUGCUUCCAGGGAGCUUGAGAUACGAAAACAACAUUGUGUAGCAAACAAUGCAACGAAUCCAUGCCAUACUAUUAGCUCAAUUACAUUGCACGACGCCGGGAAAUACACGCAUCUAAAGCACUGCGGUGUAACGAUAAGCAUUUGUCAAAAAGUGCAAUUAAAAGCUGGGAAGUAUUUAUUGUGUCGCAGUGAAUGUAACAAAGCUGUAAAAAAUGGAAAAUAUUCUGUUUUCAAUUUUAUUUUGUUGUUUGUCGUAACGUUUGUGAUAUAUUUAUAAAUUCUUAAGUUUCUGGUUUGAUACAUACAAAUAAAGCAUUACAACUA